AUGGAUGUCAUCUACCGCCUCGCAUUGGGACAAACGGGCUCGAAAAUGUUCACUGAUGACAGGAGAGUGAAGGAUGUCGAGUCGGCAAGAUAUGAAUCGACUCACGGAGUGCCUCCGGAAGCCACAGAUUUCAUCGAUCUCUUCCUAGAUGUCAAAGCUGAGCAAAAUUUCGAUAAUAACGCGGAGUUUUUAAAGACAGGAAUGAAGAUAACCAAACAGCUGACUCCGGGUGAAAUUCCCGCACAGUGCUUCGUGUUACUUCUUGCGGGUUUCGAAACUACUGCUACUUCACUUGCAUACAUCACGUAUCUAUUGGCUAAAUAUCCAGCAGUUCAGCAAAAACUUCAGGCUGAAAUCGAUGAAUACUGUCACGAAGAGUCCAUCGACUACGAAACCCUAGUAAACAUGAAGUACAUCGACUGUGUAAUCAAAGAAUCUCUUAGGAUGUAUCCUCUAGCAAGCAUAGCGAACUCACGUCAAUGCAUGAAAUCCACAACACUGGGAGAUGUGGAAGUCAAAGAAGGAGAAUUCGUUCUGGUUGACACUUUCUCGAUUCAUUACGACCACAACUUAUGGGGCGAAGACGCUGACAAAUUCUGCCCUGAAAGAUGGUUGAACUCGUCAGAAAGGCCGCUGGCUGCCUUUCUUUCGUUUGGAAUUGGUCCAAGGCAAUGCAUCGGAAUGCGACUCGCUCUAAUGGAAGAAAAGCUUGUUCUGGCCCACCUCCUAAAACGAUUUGACAUUGUUGCAACGAAAGACACAGACGAGACUUUUAUUCUGAAAGGAACUACAACGAUCUCACCAGAAAAGAUAGCCAUAAACGAUAAUAUGUGA